AUGAUUAUUUUUUGUCUAUUCUACCUGGUAUGCAAUUAAAAGACAAUCAAUCAACCGCUGUAUUUGAAUCUAGGAGAAUCAGUAGAAGGUUUUGUUUCCCCACUGACAUCAAGUCAUCAUGUGUAUCACUUUGUGGUUCCUGAAAUAAUAAAUCAAACAAAUUUAGUAGUUUUACUUAAGACUUCGGAUCCUGAAUCCGAUCCAAACUUAUACAUAUCCAAGAGUGUUAAAGAACCAAUUUCAGUCUAAGACGCUGAUGUCCAAGCGUGUGAAGCAAAAGGAAUGGAUAUCUGCAUAAUAAAUAAUGAGAAGGUUAAGGAGAAUGAUCUUUUAUAUAUCUCAGUGGUCUCUCGAUUUCCGAGCAGCUACACAUUGCGAAUAGAAUUAGAUUAGGAAUAAACACUAACGAUUGAAAAAUUUCUAACUUUUAAAAUGACUUCAGAAAAAUAAUCGUAUAUUAUAGAUUUUGAAAUGUAUGAUAUUUGGGAUGAGGCAACAGAAAUAGAAAUACAUGUUCAAAGGUUGAAUGAAGAAUCGUCAAAAGAACCGUUCUAAGUUUUCAUGAAUAAAUAUGAGAAUGGAGUUCCAAACAAUGAUAAAUUUGAUUAUGUAGGCAUUGAUACAUGGGAAAACAAAAAAGUCAUUGAAUUCACUUAAUAUACUCCUAUUGAGAUGUAUAAAAUCCUUAUUCAAGGGGAGUAGGGUAGUGUGCUUAGAGUGAGUGCAACUAGAAUUAAAAUUCUUAAAACCAUCCAUGUCUAUGAAAGCAUCACCCAAUUAGUCAAAAAAGGGGAGUAUGAUUUCUAUGUUUCAGAGUUUAAUAUCCCUGAUGAUGGCAGUAUUUUUUCUUAGGUAAUCCGAUUGAUUCCUUUUAAGGGUAAUGCGAAAUUGUAUGUUCAUUACAAUUUUUAACCGCCUUUGCUUGAUAACUAUGAAUGGUAAGAUCACCUUUCAACGGUCAAGUGUAUAUCUAUUUCCAAAAAUGAGUUGUUGGAGAAAAAUAUAACAAUGAAUACUAUUUAUAUUGCAGUUUUAGGUUAGGAAUUAUGCACAUAUCAAUUAUAAUAUACUUAUGAAACAGAAGGAAAAUUAUAUCCAGAAAUUCGAUAUCAAAGAUACGUAGUAUUAGGUGAAGUUCUGAAGUUAGAGCUAUUUGAUAAUGUAAAUGAUUGGCAUCGGAUUUUUCUCAUAUUUCAAGUUCUAAAAGGUGAUUUAAGUAUUGUAGUCACUAAUUGUACUGAUCAAUCUGUGUGUCCUUAAGAUGAACUAAUAAACAAUCCAGAAAAAUUUAAAAACAUGGAAGAAUAUUACAUAAGAUUCUAUUCGUUCAUUCCAUUUCUUGAGAUCGAUAUAACUUGUAAUUAGAUUUGUAAUUACUACGUUUUGGUUACUGUUCCUCCUAACAAGUGGAGCUAAAGCUGUAAAUUUGAUAUCGAAUAUUAACUUCUAGGAGGUUUUAAGAAAUUAAUCUAAAACACACCCCAUAAGUCAACAAUUUAUAAAAACUCACUUUAGUUUUACGACUUUUUUGUAUCAGAAGAUGAUCAAAUUUAAAGAUUAAGUUUUAUAGUCUCACCAAUACAAGGAGAAGUGAGCAUUAAUUUAUUUAUUUACCCUAGUCAACCUGAUAAGGAUACUGCUUAAUAUGAAUCAGAAAAUAGCUCAAUUAAUUUUGGUGGUGAAUUCUCUAAUUAACUUUUACCUGGGUAUUACUCAAUAACUAUUUGGGGCAAAUCCUCCGCAAAAUAUAUCAUAACUGUUUGGGUUGUCAAAAACUCUGAAGACUCUCAAUAACUUGGUCAAUAUCCUUGGCAUUAUAUUCAUUUGUAUUAAGGAGAUUGGCAUGAUCAUUUACUAUCCAAUGAUGAAUUUGUUCUUUUUAAAAUUGAUCUGUAAGGAUUUGAACAAUCUGAUAAAGAUCCAUUCAAUGUCAUAUUGAAAAAGCAUUAUGGACAGUUUUUAAUAUUUGGUUUCGACCAUCCUGAAACAAAUGAAUCUUAAGCAAUAUGGUAGGGUGGAUAAAUUAUCAAAAUUUUAACCAAUGAUCCUAAUUAUCCACAAAUAUUAUAUUUAAAAAUCAAGUUAAAUAAAGCAGGAGGCGUAUAUGGUAGUUUUAGAAUUGCCUAUAACUUUUAUAAUGAACAAGUUAAUUUAUUAAUAGGUGAGCCUUUUUUUAAUUUCCUGCCUGCUAAUAACCAAUAGUCUUUUCGAUUAGAAAUUAGUGAUGAAGAACCAUUAAUGAUCUCCAAAAGAUCCUUUGAUAAUGAUUAGUCUUCUUUAUAAUUUGGACUCUAAAAGGAAUAAGCUGUAGAUAUAAUAGAAUUUGAAAAUUCUAACAUUCUAUAAAUUAAAAAGAAAACAAAUAGUAAUUGUGGAGAGGAGAAUUAUUAUUGUUCAGGAUACCUUUUGUUCUCUCUCAAUAGUAAACUAGAUUAGUUCUACUCUAUAUUAGUCUCUAAAAUGGACAAUUCUUAAAUUUAGCUUGCUGAAGAUUAGCCAAUCUCGAAAGUUUUGCCAUUAGGAGAAGAUUACUUUUAUCUCUUCUGUUCAAAUUAGGAGGUUAAUAUAUUAGUAUUUAGUUAUUUUAGUGAGUUGAAGAUUUAUGCUUCAAUCACUAAAGAUUUGAAAUCAUCUUACCCAAAUGCAAAAUCUUAUGUCAAAAUGUCAAAGAAAGGAAAGGCAGGUUAUUAAACUUCACUCUACUUUUCUGAAUCUGAAAUUAAGGAGUAGAAUUGUGUUUAGAGGUGCAUCAUAUAAUUAACAGUCUCUUUAGCUAAAAUACAUUCUGAUAUUAAAUAUUCCAAUUAUGAUUAUACCAUUCAGUAUAAUUCCAAUCUGAUUUUACUAAGAGAAUCAGAAAUCUAAGAGGGAUACCUUACAUAAAAUGGAUUAAAAUUCUAUAAGAUACAUGUUCCAAACAACAACUAAAAUUUAAUGAUCUUGCUUAAACCAGAACCAAAUAAUGAAGCUGACCUUUUAGUUUCCAAAUCUAAAUUUCCUAAUCAAGAACAAUAUGAUUGGGGAUCCUUCGAGCUAUUCAGCGAUGUCUUAAUCCUUGAACCUGGGAAUAUAAUUCAUCCUGAUUUGUCUGGAGAUUAUUAUGUCGGAGUCCUUUGCUAAAGUAUUUGCUAAUUUUCUCUGUAGUAUCAUCUAGGAAAGGUGGAGGCGUAUGAGAUAUUUCCUAACUAACCAUAUAAAUUUUACGUUGGAGAAGAAUACACAGUAUUUCUUAGAAUAUACAACUAUUUUUCACUUAAGCCGAUGAUGAUCUUUUUGUAAUCACACUCUGAAACAGCAUUGUUUUAUGUAGACGAAGUAGAUUAAUAAACUUUAAAUCUAGGUUAUGUCAAAGAUGUGACCUAGUUUAAAUAUAACAAUAACUAAAACGGAUACUCAAAAAAAUUAGUUACUGAACCUUUAUAAUUUAAUACUAUUUUAUUGAUUGCACUUAAAACUUAUACUUCAGAAAUAGUAACAGUCUAGGUCAGCAAUGAACAGGAGGAAAUGUUCUUGGAUUCUCAAAUGUUGCUCUAAUAUUAUCUGAAGAAAAAUAAACAUAUAACAUUUAUUCUAAGUCCACAGGCUAAUUCAAUAACACUAUAGAUUUAUGUAUUCACUGGUUAAAUUGCUUGUUCUUACUCUAUAGACAAUUUGAAUCAGGACAAUAAUUUCCACACUUUAACUCUCUUAGAGGUUCGAUCAGAUAAUUAAGAAAAUAAUUUUGUGAUUAAAAACUUUUACACUUCCUAAGUGGUAAUAUACUUUGAGGCAAUAUUCAACUGCCACUUUAGCAUUUAAUAUUUUAAUGAAAAAGAAGAUGCUACUUAUAUCGAUUCAAUUUACUCUGCAUUUGCUUACCUCAAAGGAUAGAGCGAAAAGCUUUUUUAUUAUACUAAUUAUGAUUACUUUUAACAUUCAACUUAAAAUAAGACAUUUUCAAUUACAGUUUAAAUUUAGGAAGAUUUGAAUUCUGUACUCUCCAAUUAAAAACAUAGAUCUUUACCAAUUAUUAAUGUCUAUAGUAAUAAUACAAAAGCCUAAUUGCAACCUGUAUAACACAGAAUAGUAUCUAAUUUAGUAUAUCAUGAAUACAUUCACAGUGAGAAAUAAUAUUAGAUUGUUCUCCAUAAUUUAGCGCAAUUCCCUCAGUUUUAUUAAAUUUAAGUAGGAAACUCAGAACUUAGACCUUUGAUACCAAGGAUUAAGCAACUUGGAACUAAUAAAUUGCACUAAAGUUCAUAUUGGGCUAUGCAACAAAAUGAUGCAUAUUUAUUCUAUGAGAUGCAAUUUUGCAAUGGGAUCUUCUCAGUCCUAGUUGGAAAGGACUUAGAUUUGCUAAAGAAUGGGCAAUAUGAUUACAAGAUAGACAUUAAAUAAAAUAAAUAAAUAUUUGGUUUCUUUGAUAAAAUUGAUCUGGUCAAUGUUAUUUAUUUAAAGUUUGAUUUUAUUAAAUCAUUUGAUAAGAAAAUAGUUAAUGCCCAAUAUACAAUUAGGGCCUAUUAGGUGGAAGAUAAAAGUGAUAUCCCUUAUGAUUAAUUCUAUCCAGGACUUUCAGGUGUCUUAUCUUCCAAGAUUACCGAGGAACCUGAGGAAAAUAUCACUCUUCAUGUUGAAUUCGCUCCUUUGCAAUUAGUAAAAUAGAGUGGACGAGAAACAUUUUUGGUUGAAUAAAUAGAAUAUUUUAUUAUAUUGAAUGAAAGAUAAGGCGAAGAUAAUAAGGAUUUUGAUUAUUGUUCUGAACCAUCCAAUGAAUAUAGAAUUUAUUAAAAUCAAAUUGAUAGGGAUACUUAAUUAAAUAUUAAUGCAACACUUCCUAAUUUUAAUAAGUAACAAUAGAGGAAUUUCGUUUUUACUAUUUUAGCUACUGUAAGUAUUUAAUUGUAUCGAGAUGAUUAAAGUGUAUAAUUAGACUAUUAUUAUGAAACAUCACAGAUUAAAUGGAAUUCUUAAAAAUAAGUGAUUCUCAAUUAUAGUUCAGAAAAUUAUUAAUGGGUAGGGUUUGUUAUUGCUGUGAUCAUCAUUUUGAUUAUUGGAUUAGUUGCAUUUUUCACAAUGAAGAGAAAAAAAAUGAUUAUGAGAAUACCUAGACCAAUAACGAAAAGAUUGUAGGAAUAGAAAUGA